AUGAGCAAUUUCCAGUUCAUUGGUCCCGCUUGUAUACGAGUACUAGCGGUACCCAUUGGGCAGAUGGAAAGAACCGUGUACCAGGGCUAUGUCGAUCAAUUAAGAAAGCUUAAAGAUGUACGAUUGAUGGACUUAACACCAAAUCCAGGAAUAUUUAACCCUCAAGCAUAUCCAGGGGGUAGGAUAUUUUAUUAUUUUAGUUCGCACAAUGAUGAUACAGAUACCUUAUUUCUACACGAUUUUGAGCCAUUCAGGAAAACUUUUGUGAUAAUCGGAUUGCUUACAUAUAACAAUAACCUCGAGGAAGAAGAAUUGCGAGACAAACUUUCGGCACUAAAGAAGAGAUACCCAAGUGCUAUUUCACAUUUUCUCUUUGUAUUUUGUGAUGCCAAUUCAAGUUACGAUAGCGACGUUAAUGGCGUUUUUUCAUUGAAGGCAGAUUUUUCAAAUCUUAGGGAGGCAUUGUCACAUCUAUCAUCAAGAUUUCUGGCAGAGUUUUCUACUUAUGCUUCUGCAUACGAACAUGUUACACUACGAUCGCCUGGGUCGAUUAGUGGAGAUGAUAUCAAGAGGGGAGAAUCACUGAUUGAAAAACAAAGACACCGAAUUUCGGAUUCUUUCGAACUCAGUGCAGAGAAGAUUAGAAAAUACAAAACAAGGGGACGGAGAUUGAAAAUAUACGCCAAUUUUUAUCUUCUUGCUGGUAACUUAAAACAAUCGUUAUCUAACUUUUGUGAAGCCAUUUUUUAUUUAAAGGCCGCAAGCGAUUACCUGUGGCUUGCAUCUGCGUUGGAUGGGCUUUCUGUUUGCUUAUUUUUAUUAGCUUUUUUAAAUGCUGGUUUUCAACUUCCAAGCUUUGUGUCAAACAUAUUAAAUAAGAAUCGAGACUCCUCUUUAUCACCGUUCGUGUCACCAACAACUUCUCCAAGAUCGUCGUUGCAGCUUCACUCUUCUAUAUCAAACUCUUUAGAGGUUUCUUCUGCUGCUCAAAUUGCUCCAUUACCACUCUCUACGGUUCAGCAAUUUAUAGAUAAAGCUUGUUUAAAGGUGUUCGUGUAUUAUCGGAAAUGCGAAGAUAGCGGAAAGGACUUUUUACCUUUUUUGAUUUAUUGUGAGGCAAGGCUUAGACAUCUUUGCCUUCUUAUACGCAUCUGCGGGGAGCAUGAACUCAAUAGAAGUAUUAUUCAUAAUAUCGUGACCAAUAUUCCGAUUUCAAAUAGUUCAGUCUCUAAGCCAAAUUUUGAUUCUUUACAGCUAACUGAAGCAUCCUCAGAGAUUUUUGGUGCACGCUUCAACGAGUUGUCAACAUCCCAGCGUUGUAAUAUUUAUAACCAGAUGAUAUUAAUAUAUGAUACAUUGGGUUUACAUAGAAAAAGGUCACUGCUUAUAAAUGCGUUAAUAACGCUGUUGAUUUCUAGUGAUUUUUCUAAAAAUCACAAUGUUAGUCUGGUUGAUUCAAGCUUUGAUAUGAAAAUUUUUGAUCAACAAUGCAGGGUUUAUGGGAUAGAUGUUGACAGAACACCAUCUAUAGCAGGAUUACCAAAUGCACUUCAGAAAAGAGCUCUUUUGAAUGCAUUAAUUUUUUCAAAGCAAUUAAACAGUGUGAAUGGUAUGAUGAAAUAUGGCUCCGUACUAUUAAAGUACUUCUAUAACUUAUUAUCUGAUCUUCAGCAGAUACAAAUAUAUGACGAUCUAAGGAAGUUAACUGUUUCUUCGGACGUUCAACCAGAAUAUUGGGAUCAAAAUAUGCUUUCUAACGUAUGCAUUUCAACUAGCGAGGAAACAAGUGGGGCAUUGGUCCAAAAUGAGAUAUAUGAGGCUAAUAUAAUAGUCAAAAAUCCUUUUGCCUUUCCUAUUGGAAUUAGAAAUAUUCAACUUUUAACGGAAGGAGAAAGUGUUGUGGAAACGCAUAUAAACAUUAAAAGGAAGGGCAUUAUAACGACUUCAAAUGGUACUCAAAUUGUGGUAAAAAGACAGAGUACGGCCUCAAUACCAUUAUUUGUUAUUGCGCAUUCUUACGGCACAGUUAAUAUCACUGGCAUAAAAGCAUCAGUAUGUGGAUGCAAGCCGCAAGAGUUUAGGGCUUUGAAAGAGCAGGCAUUCAACAUUGAUAAAGAGCCAUCGGGAUUGAAUAGGGCUGAAAAAAGAAGGAGUCAUGCAGAGGCAGUGAUCGCGGAAUCAUUGCGUUCUAAAUGUAAAGAUAUUUCUGCAAGUACAUCGUUGAAUUUGAUAUCAACGUUACCAAUUACGAGAUAUAAGACUUGGAAGUUUAAUGUAAUUCAUGAACAACCUUUACUUAGAUUGGCUGAAACAAAUUUCAACAAUAAAUGGAUUUUGUUACUCGAAGGGGAAUGCAAACAAUUUGAAAUUAGCUUGAAGAACUGCUCAUCAAUACAUAUUAAUGAUAUGGUUUCAACCUUUCUAGAUUCAACAAUUGAACCUUUAAAUGAGCUUCUUGCCAACAAAAACUUACCAGCAAAUGAGACUUAUGAAAUAGAAUAUUAUUUAAUUAAGAAAAAACCUUUUAAGAUUCUUAAUAAACCGGAACUUGUCGAGGUUUGUGGAAAUAGCACGUUUACAUUACGAAUGGAAAUAUGGGGGAAAAGAGGCGUUAAAGAAGCCAAACUUAUUCUACGUUAUGGAUGCAGAACACCGAAAGAUAUAAAUGAAAAUGCAUCCAUAAAUACAGACAAAAACAACGCAAUUUCAAAAUUCACGAGAAGUAUCACCAUUCCUGUAAAUGUCACUGUUUAUCCAAGCGUUGAGCUUGUGGGAUGUGAUACAAUUCCAUUGUCAUCUCACACCGAAGUUACAGAUGAGAAUAAAGGGGGUGAUUGUUGGCCAUUCUUGAAGAAAGCAUGCUCUUCGGACCUCAGAAUCUCUGAUUUUUGUCUUCUUGCUCUUGAUUUUCUGAACUCAUGGACUGAAGAAAUCGAGAUCUGCAUUCAAUGCUUGCUUGAAGGAUCAAAGAACAAAUCCUUUCAGGAAGAAAGUGGUUUGUUAACAGGAAAUUUGGAUAACACUUUUGCCACUAAAAUUCGUCUGGGAAGCAAAAAAACAACAAGAAUAUUGGUGCCCAUAGAGAGAAUGAAGUUUAGUGAAGAGUAUUUGGAUAGAAGAAUUCCAAGUCUUCGCAACAAACAAUUCAUUUAUGAUUCAAAAACACCAAAGGAAGAGCAAAAAUUUACUAGAAGGGCAUUUUGGCUUCGUAACGAACUUUUACAGCGAAUUCGUGCGUGCUGGAAGAUUCCUGAUGAUGUUGAAAACAGUAUAUAUGCUGGUAGGUCAGGAACGAUUGAUCUGCGGAGCAUCCGAUUUUCUUCUAAAAUGGCAAAUAUGAUUGCGGUUUCAAAUAUAGAUAUAAAGUUAGAACUCCAUGAUGAGAAUGAACAGAAAGUGAUUUUUGAUGACGUGAAACUGAGUGAGUUCUAUACAGUGAGGACCUACUUAAUCAACCGGGGGAGUCAUGAAAUCCAAGGAAUGCUUAGACAAAUUCCAGUUUGCAAAGGUUCCAGAUUACCUUUAGAGAAAAGAAUUCUUAUCAAUGGUGUUCUACAACAAAGCAUUGGAAUGCCAUUGAAGGCAAACUCCUCGAGGACUUUUGAUCUUGGAAUAUGCUUUUUGGAAAAGGGCGAAUAUGAAUGGGGUGCAGUGUUUGAUGAGAUGCAUAUGAUCGAUGACAGUGGAAACUUGAACCUAGUAGAACAGCAUCUACAGAAAGAACAACUGAGAAUGAAGGUAACGUGA